AUGGUUGAUUCACUGGACUUGAAUUCUCCCAUGGCUUACUACUCAUCCACCCGUUCUUCUCCCACUACUUCUCCGACUCCAUUAAUGUCGUUUUUCUAUCUUUGCCUUAUCAUCUUAUUCCUCAGUACUUCCUCUGCGUUUGGUAGUGGAUUAGGGGUCUCUUCCUCGCAGUCAUCAAGUGAAACAGAGGCUCUACUCAAAUGGAAAGCCACUCUCCAAAACUACUCUGUCCCUGCUCUCCGUUCUUGGAAGCUUACAUCAUCAUCCUCAGCACCAAUCCCCUGCUGCAACUGGUUUGGUAUAACUUGUAACAAAGCCCGAACCAGCGUGGUUGAGAUUAGCCUUCCAGGACUGGAGCUGCAAGGUACGCUUCACAACUUCACCUUCUCUUCCUUUCCCAAUCUCUUCCUUCUCAAUCUCAGCCUCAAUGGACUCACAGGACCCAUACCAGAUCAAAUUGGUAGACUCUCCAAACUGAUCACCCACCUCGAUCUCAGUGGCAAUGAACUCAGCGGUCCAAUACCUUACGCAAUGGGAAAUCUGGUAAAUUUGGUUAUGUUGGACCUAGAUACGAACAACCUCAGUGAUCCAAUCCCCAAUUCUCUGGCUAAUUUAACUAGACUAGAGACCCUCUAUUUGCAUGGCAAUCAAUUAUCUGGUCCAAUGCCUUCUGAAAUCAGAGAUAUGAAAAAUCUGAUUGACUUGGGGCUAUCUGAAAACAACCUGAGUGGUCCAAUCCCUCAUUCUCUGUCUAAUUUAACUAGACUAGAGACCCUCUAUUUGUAUUCGAAUCAAUUAUCUGGUCCAAUGCCUUCUGAAAUUGGAGAUAUGAAAAAUCUGGUUCACUUGGCAUUACAACAAAACAACCUCAGUGGUCCAAUCCCUUAUUCUCUGGCUAAUUUAACUAGACUGAAGAGUCUCCAUUUGUAUGACAAUCAAUUAUCUGGUCCUGUGCCUUCUGAAAUCGGAGAUAUGAAAAAUCUGGUUGACUUGGCAUUACAACAAAACAACCUCAGUGGUCCAAUCCCUAAUUCUCUGGCUAAUUUAACUAGACUAGAGACCCUCUAUUUGUAUUCGAAUCAAUUAUCUGGUCCAAUGCCUUCUGAAAUCGGAGAUAUGAAAAAUCUUAUUGACUUGGAGCUAUCUGAAAACAGCCUCAUUGGUCCAAUCCCUCAUUCUCUGUCUAAUUUAACUAGACUAGAGACCCUCUAUCUGGGUUCAAAUCAAUUAUCUGGUCCAGUGCCUUCUGAAAUCGGAGAAAUGAAAAAUCUGGUUGAAUUGGACCUAUCUCAAAACAAACUUAGUGGUCCACUCCUUCAUUCUCUGGCUAAUUUAAGUAGACUAGAGUGGCUCAAUUUGUAUGACAACCAAUUAUCUGGAAGCCUACCGCAACAAAUAUGCCAAGGACGAUCACUUCAAUUAUUAACGGUUGAUAACAAUAAUCUCAUGGGUCCUAUUCCAGACUUUAGAAAUUGCACAAGCUUAACAAGAGUUCGACUUGAUAACAACCUAUUUUUUGGAAAUAUAACUGAUAGUUUUGGUGUACAUCCACAUCUUUAUUUCAUUGAUAUGAGUCACAAUAGACUAUAUGGUGAGCUCUUACCAAACUGCGGAGAAUGUAAGAAUUUGUCAGAGCUAAAGAUUUCUGGAAACAAUAUUAGUGGGAAGAUACCACCUGAGAUUGGUCAGUUAACACGACUUGGACUACUUGACCUUUCUUUCAACAAACUUGCUGGGGAGAUUCCAAAGGAAUUUGGUAGCUUAUCCAAUUUGUUCCACUUGAAUAUAAGUGGCAACAAUAUUUCAGGGCAUGUACCAGUUGAAAUGGAUAAAUUAAUCAAUUUGGAGCUUCUUGACCUCUCGGCAAACAAGUUAACUGGAUCAAUCCCGACACAACUUGGUCAAUGCUCCAAAUUGUUGUCAUUAAAUUUGAGCUAUAAUUCAUUGAAUGGAAGCAUUCCAUCUCAAAUUGGUGAUCUUGUAUACCUACAAGUUCAAUUGGACCUUAGUCAUAACUCAAUCAGUGGACCGAUACCACCAGAGCUUGGGAAUUUGAUGAUGCUGGAAAUUUUGAAUCUAUCCCAUAAUAUGAUCACCGGCUCAAUACCUUUUUCUCUUGAAAAUAUGGUUAGCUUAGUAUCUCUUGAUCUAUCCUACAAUGAGUUAGAGGGUGUUGUUCCCAACACUAGGGUUUUUAGAAAUGCUUCUUCACCUCAAGCAUUUAGAAACAAUAAGGGGUUAUGUGGUGAACUUCAAGGUCUACUUCCUUGCAAUCCAUCUCUUACAAGCAAAGGAUUGAAAAAAAAUGGACAUAAAGUCGUCAUAUCCAUCGUUGCUUCUUUGAUAGGACUUUUGUUCCUAAUAUUUGCAAUUAUUGGUAUUUUCUUCCUCUUGCGAAAAAAAGUGAAAAAAGGGAAUAUAGAAGAGGCAAGAAGAAACCAUGGCAAUAUCUUUUCAAUAUGGAAUUUCAAUGGCAAGAUUUCUUAUGAGGAUAUUAUUCAAGCAACAGAGGGUUUUGAUAUCAAAUAUUGCAUUGGAAUUGGAACUUAUGGGAGUGUUUACAAAGCAGUGCUACCUACAGGCCAUAUAGUUGCGUUGAAGAAGUUCCAUCCGUUGGAAGGUGAGAUGAUAGUUGAUGAUGAAAGCUUUGGGAAUGAGAUUCGUGUGUUAACAGAAAUAAGGCAUCGAAACAUUGUCAAACUUUAUGGAUUCUGCUCUCAUCCACGAUGCAUAUUUCUUGUUUAUGAGUACAUGCAAAAAGGAAGCAUAGCACGUAUCUUAAGCAAUCAAGCAGAGGCUAUUGAGUUUGAUUGGCAGAAAAGAGUGAAUGCCAUCAAAAGUGUGGCCAAUGCUUUGUCUUACUUGCAUCAUGAUUGCAUUCCCCCAAUAAUUCAUCGGGAUAUUUCAAGCAAAAAUAUAUUACUAGACUUGGACCUUGAGGCUCAUGUAUCUGAUUUUGGCGUUGCAAGAUUAUUAAAGCCAGACUCAUCUAAUUGGACGUCACUUAAAGGAACUCAUGGAUAUAUUGCUCCAGGUAUUUAA